AUGCCGAUCGAAACGAAAGACGGUGGGUUGCCUGGAGGCGCAGCCGAGAUAGGUGCACCGGCCGCAGCAACGGUCCCGCCCGCUAAUACCAUCGCGGUAGUGUAUGCCAGGCAUCACGGCCGAGAAGCAAAAACGGAAACUGUUUUGGCAGCGCUGGACCCCAACGUCCUCGCUCGGGAUGUCAUUGCAUCGCUACCGCAAAACGACAGGUUCGAGAAUGUGCGGCAAAGAAUUAUCGAGCACUUCGCCGAUAGCGAACAGCGACGCCUCAACCGCGUACUCUCAGAAUUGCCACUGGGGGAUAAGAAAUCGUCAGAACUGUUCUUUGAAAUGAAGCGCGUCGCUGGCAACACACUCGGCGAUACGGCGCUCAAAAGCCCCUGGAUCAAACGUUUGCCGGAGUUCGCAGAAACAGUCGUAGCAGCCUUAUCCGGUACUNCUGCGACCGAGUUUACGAAAAUAACCGACACAAUAGUGGAUGCUAUCGCGCCACUUCAAGUGAACCGCGUUAGGUCGACACCUCAAAAUGAAGUCAACGAACUGCGUGCAUUCGUAAUGGAACUAGACAAAAAAAUUGAAAAAUUCACUAUUCGUUCGCGUUCGCGUAAUCGUGGGCGGUCAACCUCUCGACCAAGAGCUAAUGCACGAAACAACUUGCAAACAGCAGAAAAUUCACAAGAAACGUCAUCUGUUGCAGCCCAAGACUGUUGGUACCACCAGAAAUAUGGCUCCGACGCUCGGAAGUGCCGUAUACCGUGUCGUCGCAGAAACCACGUGGUUCGAGCGGUAGCCUCCGCAUCCGAUGCAUUGUGA